AUGGCCCAAGCAAGUCUGUCCGAGACGUUGGCCAGUCGGCUACUGCCCUCCAGUCCAGAUCCACGUACGGAUGCCUAUCCUCUCAUGAACUCGUGGUCUCCGACAGCACUGAUCUCGUUAGCCUAUGUGAUUGGGGUUUAUGCUUGGCGAAAUGAAUUGCAAAGACGGUGCAAACUACAACGCGUUAAUGGCACUAGCAACGGCACCAACUCUCAGAAUGCUAAAAAGCUCUCGGCUGCCAAUGGUCGCCAGUCCUGGGGUUUGAUAAAAAUACUCAUGGUUCUGUACAAUACUAUCAUGGUUUGCUAUUCGGCUUACAUGGCAAUCGGUUGCAUAAUUGUGGUACGACGGAUUGGUUACGGUCUGGGUUGUGAAGUCCAGCCGGAUCCCAAAGAUCGUUCGACCGACAGUAUACUCCACUUCGGAUAUCUAUUCUACUUCUCAAAAUUUGUGGAAAUGUUGGACACUGUGUUCUUUUUGUGUCGUGGCAAGGUGGAUCAGGUCACCUUUCUACAUGUGUUUCAUCAUGCAACAAUGCCUCCAUCCAUCUGGUGGGGAGUGCGAUAUGCUCCAGGGGAUAAGGUGGACGCGGGCAGUCUGACGGCUGGUCGUUGA